UUUGCAUGGAAUUUCUUGCUCUUACCAUAACAAAAGCAUCGUCUUUAGGAUAUUGGAAGGGGAGUAAAGCUGGAAGGCGUGGACCUUCCCUUUCUCACCUUUUCUUUGCUGAUGAUCUUCUGUUUAUUGGUAAGGCUACCAAAGACAAUUGUAUAUUUCUGAAAUCUGUGCUUGAUUUCUUUUGUGACAGGUCAGGUCAAAGGAUCAAUCCCUCUAAAUCUAAUAUCUUUUUCUCCAAUAACGUGACUGAGCCAUUGAGAGAGGAGCUUUGCAAUAUUAUGGGAUUUUCACAUACUAACUAUCUUGGUAAAUAUCUUGGAAUUCCUAUCUCUGCUAAGAGGCCUUGUAAACAGGAUUACACCUUUAUUUUGGACAAAGUUCGUGCCAAGUUGGAAGGUUGGAAAACUAAAUUCUUUUCCAUAGCUGGCAGAACUACUCUUAUUAAUUCUGUUCUGGCUUCUAUUCCAAACUUUUAUAUGCAAUCCAUUAUGCUGCCCUCAUCUAUCUUAUCCAGUAUUGAUAGAAUUGCAAGAGAUUUUCUUUGGGGCUCCGAUUUAGACCAUCGCAAGCUUCAUUUGGUGAAGUGGGAACAAGUUUCUCUUCCCAAGUGUUUAGGUGGGCUCGGCAUCAGGAGCGCCAAGGAAGCUAAUACCACUGCCAUGGCUAAGCUUAAUUGGAGAUUGUUCACUGAAGAAGAUAAGUUAUGGAAUAUGGUAUUGAAGAGGAAGUAUAAUAUUAGCUCUCGUCCUUCCACUCUCCCCUCGAAUGGCUCCCCUGUCAUCAACAGCAUUCGAAAAGGGAACAAUCUCUUUUUAAAGGGGAUUAAAUGGACCCCUUUGGAUGGUAAUGAUAUCUCUUUCUGGAAUGACCCUUGGGUCCUGAAUCUGCCUCUUAGUUCUAUGUUACAGGGUCCUCUUUCUGAAGCAGAUAACAACUUGCUUGUUGCGGAUAUCUUUCCUAAUGGACUCUUUGAUCCUUCUCUUAUCUCAUAUCCUUUCUCAGAUUGCCUGCUAGAUACAAUCAAGGCCACCCCUAUCUCUAAGACCAUGGCUAGCCAGGAUAGUUUUGCUUGGAAUGGCUCUCCCAAUGGGUCAUUUUCUACGAAAUCUACAUGUAUCUUGUAUUUCAAAGCAUAUAUAUUUUGUUUCAUGAACGUGUCUAAAAUCUUUUGCAAUAUAUAAUUUUUAUGAAAAAGUGAGUAGUAACUUGUAUGUAAAAAAUUAAGUAAAAAAUAUGUAAAAGUUAUAUUGUUGUAAUAAAAUUUUAUUAAAAAAUUUUAAUUUUU